GUAGGUACCUAAAGUUAUCGGACUGGGGGGUCUGAUAAGCUCCGAUAUGAAAAAUUCCAAUUGAUGCACGCCAAAAGUUCAAGACUUUACAGUUGCUUAUCCCAAUUCUCCCGCCUCGAAGGUUAACAUCACAUCUUAGAACAAUUGCGCAUUAUUUCUUGCUUUAUAUUAGUACAGAAUCACUGGUGUUAAAAUCUGCGCAGCACUGUUCCACGCCACCACUAACAAAAAUCAUGAUUCGCAAACAAGCUCGGCAACGGCGCGAUUACCUCUACAGAAGAGCCCUUCUCCUCCGCGAUUCUGAGAUAAGCGAGAAGAGAGCAAAACUUAGAGCAUCCUUAGCGACCGGCAGGCCCCUAGAUCCUACCAUCGCAAACGACAAGGAGCUGAGAAAAGACUACCAGUUUGACGAAUCCAGGCCAGACAGAAGCACGAAUGAGGAGUUGGAUCUCGAUGAUGAGUACUCCCAACUUUCUGGGAUAGUUGAUCCUCGGGUCCUUGUUACUACCUCGAGGGACCCAUCUGCACGACUAUCAGCAUUUGCUAAAGAAAUCCGCUUGCUUAUCCCGACUGCCAUAAGACUGAAUCGUGGCAACUUGAUCCUACCAGACCUCGUUCGAUCGGCGCAGAGCAGUGGUCUCAGCGACUUAAUUCUUCUUCAUGAGCAUCGUGGUGUCCCUACGGCGUUAACGAUGUCCCACUUCCCUCAUGGGCCGACCAUAUCAUUCUCUUUACAUAAUGUUGUAUUGCGCCAUGAUAUUCCUAAUAGUAUUCGAGGAACUGUUAGCGAAUCGUACCCUCAUUUAAUAUUUGAUGGUUUCACUUCUCGUCUUGGUGCAAGGGUUGUCAAAAUCUUAAAGCAUAUAUUUCCCCCGCGUGAGCCUCUAACAAGCAAUUCUAAGCUCGGAAGUCGAGUGGUCACAUUCAAGAACAUUGAAGACGCGAUAGAAGUGCGACAUCACGUUUUCGUCAGAACUGGAUACGAUAGUGUGGAAUUAUCUGAAGUCGGUCCACGAAUGACGAUGAAGGUAUUCGAGAUUCGGAGCGGUACUUUGGAGAACAAAGACGGCGAUGUCGAGUGGCAUUUAAAUCAAUACACGAGAACCAGCCGCAAGAAAGACUAUCUUUGAGGCUGAUUUCACCAACUUUAAAAUCGCAAUGUACGGUGUCAUGGCUCCGUAGGUUUCGUACAUACCUCAGAGGAAUAUGUGGCGCCAUGAAGAGCCGUGUGUCUCUGCCCGGAUCCAAGCAAAUCUCCAUACGAGUAUAUAAAUGUCAUCCAGAGCUUCAUUAACAAAACAGCCGCCCAGCAGACAUAUGUACUCGAAGAUGGGCACGAAAAGUUGAUGCAUCUGGUGGAGGGUUGCAGAGUCUUGAUAUUGGGUUUUCGGCGGCGUUCUUCCGCUUGUGUUGACCUAAACCCGAGCCAAUAUGAUACCUUUUAUAAGGACUAUAAUGGUCUUCCAUGGUACUCCGAAGAAAUAAUCUUGAAAGGCCACGCUACAGAGUAAAGAAAUAAUGUCUACGACAACCUCGUAUGAUCCAUACUGUUGGAAGAAAUCGGAAGACAUGUGACAAAUUUGUGCUCGUGGUAUAUAGCUAUGAGCAAGAGAAUAAAUAGAAAGUCAAGUCUCGGAGGAAGCUAUUUCGGCAGCAUAUAGGUAGACUAAGAGCAAAUCCACGUCUACUACAGAUACUCUAAAC